AAAGCCGCCCCCGCGAUCCGCCAAAGAGGGUAUAAAAGUGCCGAAUUCCAUCGGUAAGCCAUCAAGUCUUCAGCAGAGCUCAAGAUGAAGUUCCUAAUUCUCGCCUUCGUAAUGUUUGGUCUGGCCCUCGCGAGGCCCAGUGGUAAUGGUGGUGAUCAGAAAGGUGGCGACCAACCAGAAGGCGAUGGUAAGGAGGGGAUGGACAAAGACCUAAUAAAGGUAGUGGUAAAGUUCUGCGGGGAUGUGCUCAAGGACGAGGGAGAAAAGCGUGAUUUCGCCGCCGACAAGGCGAAGUUACAGAAGGUGUGUUUCGAGCUGCUCGAGAAAAUCCUAGAGAUCAAGGACAACGAGAUGGGUCUUGACAUACCAGAGGGUGACGCGCCGGAGGAUGACCAGCCGGAGGUUGCAGAGCCAGCACUGAGGAUGUUGGGAAAAGGGCCCGAUGGUGAUGGCGGCAACCGGGCGAAAGGAGACCGUCCAGAAGGGGAGAAGAUUGGCAACGAGCUAGUGGAGGGGGUGGCCAAGUUGUGCGCCCAGAUGUUUGUUAAGGAGGAAGGCAAGCGUGACUUCGCGGCCGCUAAGGAGGAGCUCGGGAAAGUGUGUCUCAUGCUUUUCGAGCAGCUUGAGGAGAAUAAGGAGAAGUUGGACGGCAGUUUGGAUGGUGACAAGUCGGAGAGUGACAAGCCGGAGGGUGACGGUCCUAAUGAUGAUGUAACAGAGGAUGUCGCGCCAACGCUGAGGAGGUUGGGUAAAGGGGGGAAUAAGCCCGAGGUUCAGGGAGAGUUCGACCCCGAGGGCGCCCUCAGGGGGAUAUGCAUGAAGAUGAUCGAGCUGGCCGAGCAGGAGGUAGAGAAUGAUGAUGCCAGACGCCAGUUUGACUCCGUCGCCCUGUUUGAGGCGAUGGCCGACGUAUGCAAGUUGCUCCAUUCCGUGGAGGCCCCUGCGGAAUAAUUAUCUUCCACAUUGCGGACCCCCUACGGCGACAACCAGAACGACCGAUCAACCGACUGAUAACCGAUAGUUUAAAAUUUUAAUUGUGAUUAAUAUAAACCUGUAACUGUAACGUGAUGAUUGUGAUUUUCAAAGCAUAGUAUGUUAUAUGGUGAAAUUGAAAUGAUCUAGCAAUAAAAACAACAGCAUUGUU